AGGGUAUGUUACGAGUUUGCGAACAAGGGACACUGCAACAGAAAGAACUGCAGAUUCGCCCACGUGCAAAACGACCAAGCGAGUCCCUCUCCUAGAUUAGCAUCUCAUCACAGAUCAUCAUAUGCUCGCCUAUCGAACUCAGAGAGAGACUUUCGAGCAUGGAAAAGAAACGUUGAUGCCAUUAGCACUGCCUCUCAGUUGGGGCCCGUCUUCCGAGAGGCACGGCGACUCAUCGACAUUGAUGUUGGCAUGCGGCAGUCCGUCAUACAAACACUUGGUACUGAGAGUGGUUCGAGAUGUAUCAAGAAAAUGCUUGAACAGACCUUCGAAGGCCUGGACGGCUCCAGACAGGAACAACUUCUCAGAGCUCAGGUCAUCCCAUUCUUCGAAGUAAUUUCCCACCCAGAGGUCCUACCGUCUCCCGUCCUCGAGCAAGCGGUCGGAACCAUCUACAACUUUCUAUAUGGCAUAGGGGGUGUCAGUGCAUCACAACUCUUUGCCUACAUCUCAGACGUCUUGAAAGAUCGUGUAAAAGAUGAGAUCACCGCAUCCUGGUUGGAGGUUACUCUUUUGGUCUUCUCUCAGAUGGUCGAGCUCAAAUCGGAGGCCCUCGUUCAAGAAUCCCUCAGAACUGUUGCCAAAGGAUUUGAGGAGAUCUUUCUCCCCUGGACGAGCAGUCAUACGGAGACCUCUUUACACCACCAAUCUCAAGUGCACCUAGAACGCCUCCUGAGACGUUUUAAUAUUGGUAGCUCCCUUCCGAGCAUUGGCCAAGAUAAUUCUCGAAAUGCCGUCGGAAAUUAUGAACCCUCUGUCAGUAAGUGCGACCCACCUGGGGGCCGCCAUGACAAUGAUCAUGCAGAUAUUUGUCGGAUUUGCAUCAUGCCAAGUUACCAAGAGAUCCUGAGUACACGAAACGAGUAUCUUCCCCUGUACGAUCCUUCACAGUGGCAUCUACAUGGUCUUGAGGGGCUAUUAGAUCGCAACUUUCGUUUGUUGCGGGAAGAUACCAUCGGUCUUCUCCGUGAUGCCAUCCAUUCGGAAAUCAAGCUUUCAGGACAAUCCCAGAAAAAUAAGAGUCAACAGCGUACAAACGUGUACCACGGGGUGAGAAUCCUCAAGAUUGACUUUGACUCGAUGGCCGGUGUUCAAUUCGAGGUUAGCUUUCGUCAGCCUGCCAAUGUCGCUCCAACGUCGGCUACGAAGCGCGAAGAAUGGUGGAAAAUGUCUAAACGCUUGCAGCCAGGUGCUUUGGUAUGCCUCAUAACUAAAUCGAACUUUGUGCUUUUCUGUACCAUCGUUCAACAACAGCCAGAGAACAUGUCACAAGGACACGGCGCUAGAAACCAGCGACAAGAGAAAAAUCAUUUGUGCUCUCUAUCGGAACAUCCUCAAGUUGCACGCAUUACGGUGGAGCUGACCGAUUGGAGAAACAAGAAUAUCCAGAGACUUAUUAGACAAUACACACAGCAAGAACCGUGCUCCGCUCUGGUGGAGUUUCCCGGUGUCCUUCUCCCAGCUUUUGAGCCGACUCUACGAGCACUCCAGACAUUAAAGCAGACCGCGAACUUGCCCCUGUCUGAACUGGUCAUUCCUCCUCGUCCUAGUACCUCCGAGCCCAAUACAGUCUCUCCUCCGCGCUAUGUCCUAAACCCGGGGUUCCGAUUCAAUCUCCGAUGUUUGACAAAUGAAGAUAGGGAUCUGUAUGUCUAUCCCGAUCAGCCAGCCGACCUACGAGCUCUGCGUCAGCAUUCCAGCCUCGACGAUGCACAGGCGACUGCCCUUGUCGAUGCUCUUCAACGAAGACUUGGAUUGAUUCAAGGACCACCCGGAACCGGUAAGAGCUAUACAGGUGUUGCUAUUAUCAAGGUCCUUCUUGCAAAUAAGGGCCCUGGUAUGGCAGACUUAGGACCGAUCUUAUGCGUAACAUACACCAACCAUUCUCUUGACCAACUCUUGGGUUCCCUACUGCAAAGCGAAGUCACCAAGCAAAUCGUUCGAAUCGGUUCGCGGUCCAGAUCUGAAUGUAUGGAGCCCUUUCAACUACGCACGCACGCGAGAAAGUUUGACAAGACGAAAUUUGCAAAGAGCAGUCAAUGGGAGUCUCAUCGCUCUCUGGAAGAGUGUGCUCGUGAGUUUAAGAGCAUAGACCUGACGCAGAGAAUCACACCUGCUCGACUAAUGCAUCAUUUGCGCGAUCACCAUACGGAUCAUUAUAACCAGCUUUUCGGCACAGAUGAAGACAGCUUCAAAUACCGAGAGAGCAAGAACAGCAAGGUCUUCAAUCGUUGGCGCUUUUCCGGUGGGAAAGCCGACGCCAAUCAUGUUCGAAAGGUCGAAGAUUUGAUUUCGGUCAACCUUACGCAGAUGUCACAUUUCGAACGAGAAGCUCUGUACCGACAUUGGCAGAUGGAGAUACGGAACGAGAUGGAAGAGAAAUUGAUAAAUAUUUGCGAGUCACAUAACACUACCAGACGUGAGCUUGAUAACAUUCGCAACGAAGUUGAUCUGCGAUGUCUCGCUCAAGCUGAUAUUGUUGGCGUUACGACGAGUGGUUUGGCACGGAAUCUUGACAUGCUUCGGAGGAUGAAGUCCAAGGUUGUGCUGUGCGAAGAGGCAGGAGAGGUUCUUGAAGCCCAUGUGCUUACCACUCUUUUGCCAUCGGUCGAACAUGCAAUUCUCAUUGGGGAUCAUCUCCAGUUCCGGCCCCAAGUACAGAAUCAUGAAUUAUCGCGCGAGAACAAGAAUGGUGGUGAAAAGUACGCAUUGGAUGUAUCUCUCUUCGAACGCCUUGUCGAUGCAGAGAGCCCUAUGGGUGCCAAUCUGCCAUUCAGUACUUUGAAUACGCAGCGGCGUAUGCAUCCAUCCAUUGCUCAGCUUGUACGUGGCACAUUAUAUCCACAGCUCCAGGACGCAACAUCUGUGAGUGCAUACCCUGGCGUUGCUGGGCUUCGAAAGCGAUUAUUCUGGUUAGAUCACCGUGUACCAGAGGCAGACCCGUCAAUUGAGGAUGCAACAGCCACAUCAAAAUGGAACGACUAUGAAGUUGAGAUGACUACAGCCCUUGUCAGUCACUUUUUACGGCAGGGAAAGUACAGGAAGGGUGGUAUUGCUGUUAUCACACCUUACCUUGGUCAGCUUCACAAACUACGACGCAGACUCGGCCAGUUGUACACAAUCGCUCUGGGGGACCGUGAUGAGGAUGACCUCAAUAAGGCUGGCUUUGACGAUGAUUUGACUCCAGACUGCACUGGAGUAAGAUCAACUCUGCUGCAGAGCGUGCGGGUUGCUACAAUCGAUAAUUUCCAGGGCGAGGAGGCUAACGUGGUGGUCAUCUCACUGGUUCGCAGCAAUCCGAAGAACAAUUGUGGCUUUCUCCGGACGCCGAAUCGAAUCAAUGUCCUUCUUUCUCGAGCUAAGCAUGGCAUGUAUAUCAUUGGCAACUCGAUGACGUCGAUGCAUGUUCCCAUGUGGGCUGAUGUCCUUGAGAUGCUCGAGCAGAACGGAAACAUUGGCACCAGAUUAGAGCUACAGUGCCCACGGCACCCGGACAGUGAGAUAACCGUCUGCGAACCAAACGACUUCCCACGUCUCUCCCCCGAAGGAGGGUGCAAUUUUCGAUGUGAGAGGCGUAUGUUAUGUGGUCAUGCAUGUGUGCAAAAGUGCCAUUCCGAAAUUCUACACAAUGCGGUGUAUUGCCUAGAACCUUGUCAGAGACCACUUCUGGGAUGCUCUCACCCCUGUCCAAACAAGUGCGGCGAUCAAUGCCCAACCAAAUGCAUGAUGAAUGUCUUCCAGGAGGAUAGGCAGCUUGAUUGUGGUCAUUUGGCGCCUAAUCUUCCAUGCUGGCAGAGUCAGGACUUGUCAACCGUCCGGUGCGCUGUCUUGGUCAAGAGAACCGUUCCGGGCUGCAGACAUGAUGUUACCGUGGCAUGCCAUAUUGAUGUGACCUCUCCACAUUGCAGAUGUACUGCUCAAUGUCGGGCACCGUUAGCCUGUGGUCAUUCGUGUAAGCAUUCAUGUGUCAAGUGUGUCACCAGAAGUGAUACGGGCGAAACUCAGACCGAUCAUGGUCGUUGCCAGCAGAUAUGUGGCAGAAACCACUCUACUUGCGCUCAUCAGUGCGAGACGCCAUGUCAUGGUUCAGCAGCGUGCCCACCCUGUCAAUCAGCCUGUGAUGUACGCUGUGGUCAUUCCAGAUGCGACAAGAAAUGCUCGGAUCCAUGCACUCCUUGCGCCGUAGAGAUCUGCCUGUCAUCCUGCUCUCACAGUUAUUGCACAAUGCCCUGUGCUGCUCCAUGCGAUCAUGUCCCAUGUUCGAAGAGGUGUGAUCAAUUGCUAGCGUGUGGACAUCAAUGCCCGUCCGUCUGCGGGGAGAUUUGCCCACCUGCGCGAUAUUGUCAAAUAUGUGGGGGCGAUGAAAUUAAGAAUCACAUGGUUGACUUUAUCCUUGGGGAGACCUACCGGGACAUCAACCUUGAUGAGAACCCAUGUGUCUUUCCGCGAUGUGGUCACUUCUUGACAAUUGAAAAUAUGGAUGCACAGAUGGACAUGAAGAAGUAUUACAUCCUUGACGCAAUAAAGAAGCCAAUUGGGAUUGCCGCAUCAGUGGCGCCGUUCGCCAUGGACGACAUCAAGACGUGUGCCAGCUGCCGUGGGCCCCUGAGAGAUAUCGCCCGGUACGGACGGUUGGUGCGCCGUGCUCUCCUGGAUGAAUCGACAAAAAGGUUAAUAUUGUACAUGAAUCGCGAAUUCGUCCCCCUAGCGCAGGCACUCCCUCGAUGCAUACGACAGCUCCAGGAAUUGACAAAUGAACGACCUAUUGCCUGGCCGGCUACUGUGAAGAUUGCGGGCAAGUACGAAGGGCAGAUUACUGCGAUGCGGGACAUGCUUUCUCGAGCAGACAAGGGACGAUGGCAGAAUAUUCUUGGUCUACGGCAGCGAAUCAAGAGUUAUAUGAGGAAAGUGACGCCCGAAGAGCAGCCAUACAGCAAAGUACGCAACCUGGUUGCCAUCGGUCGUCGUCGAAAGGAAACUGCUGAGUGCCUUGAGCCUGGAAACGACAUCCUCCAGAUGAAGGGGUCAGUUCAAGCCACCGCGCUCAGUUUGCGUCUGGAUAUUGCCUUGCUGGCUGACUUUCUGAAGCUUUAUCGCGAGGCCCCCAAACAGGCCGAUAGUGUGAUUGAGAUGGAUCUAUCAAAGAAUCGCGGCCAAUGCAAAGCUCUCGUGGAGACAGCGGGACUCUCAAAUCACGUUGUUCAUCAGACGGAGGGCUAUAUCUUCCUCGCCCAGCUCCAUGCGUUCGAGCGAUCGUAUGCAGCCUCGGCUGAGCUGGUCGAUCAACACGUGGCCCAUGCCCAGGAAGCCCUCGAUCACGCCAAAACCCUCUGCACCUCCUGGCCUGGUCAGACCCGUGGCUUGAUGGACGAAGUCGAAGGGGUGGAGAAGAUGCUUCGCGGAGCGACGUUCUACACCCCCGUGACCAACGAAGAACGCAUGGCGGUCAUUGCUGCCAUGGAGCAGGAGUUCCGGGGCACGGGGCAUUGGUACUACUGUCGCAACGGCCAUCCCUUUACAAUUGGGGAGUGUGGCAUGGCGAUGCAGAGGUCCGUCUGUCCGGAAUGUGGAGAGCCCGUCGGUGGACAGAACCAUACCGCUGCCGAGGGCGUGACGCAUGCGAGGGACUUGGAGGAGAAUUUUGCGCGGCUGAGUUUGGAAUAA